AUGUGCCAGGACCAAUCAGCUGACGCCUUCAUCAAUACUUUAAGGCGAUUCUUUGAACGCAGAGGACAACCAGCCAAAAUUGUUUCUGAUAACGGUACAAAUUUCACCGCAUAUGAAAAAAAACUCAACAGACACUUCGACGCCAAUAUUACAGGACAACUCUACGCCAACCAUCAGAUUGUAUGGGCCACAAACGCUACCUAUGCUCCUCAUUUUGGAGGUGUAUGGGAACGACUCAUAAGAUCAGUCGAAGACUCGUUCUAUGCCAUCAUAGGAAGCCAGAUUCUAAGAGACGAAUUAUUCAACACCGUUCUAAGCGAAGUUGAACACUUCGUGAACGCAAGACCCAUCACUACAGUUUCAUCAUCGCCCGAUGAUGUUGAAGCCCUCACCCAAACCAUUUUCUUCUCGGAAGAGCGCAUGCCAGCAUGCCACCUCUACAAACCCAACAGCCCUCAACACUCAGUCGACAAUGGAAAAUCGCCCAACAACUCGCAACCCAAAUUUGGAAACGCUUGA